AUGCGCCUCCCCUACGCCCCCUCCGAGCCGGCCACCCCAGACGCCGAGACUGCCGACAUCUACGCACGCAUUGCCGCGCGCCGCGCGCCGCGCCCCCUCAUCCCCCUCGAUCUGUCGCUGCUGCACUCCCCACCAGUCGCGGACGGCUGGAACAGCUUCGUCGGUGCCAUCCGCACAAAGACUACUGUUGACCAGGGUCUCCUCGAGCUUGCUGUCUCGCGGGUAGCCGUGAUAACCGGCGCCGUGUACGAGUGGAACGCCCAUGCCCCACUUGCGCUGAAGGGCGGAAUCCAGCCCGCGGAACUACAGGCGGUGCGCACGCUGCCGUCUACCGCGCAGGGCGAUGUUGAUACGGCCGUGGAGGCGCUGGGUAAGAGCGCGUUGACGGCGCAGCAGAAGGCUGUUGUUCGAUAUACGGAUGAGAUGACGCAGACGGUGAAGGUGCAGGAUGGAACCUUUGCGCAGCUGCAGAAGGAGGGGUUCUCGGAUCGUGAAAUUGUGGAAUUGACUACGGGAAUUGCUUGCUACAACUGUGUGAGUCGGGUGCUGAUUGCCCUGGAUGUUGGAGAGAACAAUGGGCGUGAGAUGAAGAGUGUUGAUGAGUUGGUGGAGGGUUUGAAAUAA